GGCCCCUGCUCCGCAGCCCCGUGUAUAUGCGCUGCGUGUUUCCGGUGGGCUCUCUCUUUUCAGGUCUCGGCUUCACCAUGCCUCUCGCUAAAGACUUCCUGCACCCCACUCCAGAGGAGGAGAGGAGGAGGCACAAGAAGAAGCGACUGGUACAAUGCCCCAACUCCUACUUCAUGGACGUCAAAUGCCCAGGAUGCUAUAAGAUCACUACAGUAUUCAGCCAUGCUCAGACGGUGGUGUUGUGUGUAGGAUGCUCUACAGUGCUCUGCCAGCCCACCGGAGGGAAAGCACGUCUCACAGAAGGAUGCUCAUUCAGGAGAAAGCAGCACUAGUCUCUCUAAUCUCUGAACUAAGAUGAGGGAGACCAAGUAGGGGAGACUGGAUUGGACCUCAGCUUUUCAGUGCCUGUCCAAGGUGGACCUGCAGCUCUGACCUGAAUUGGUGUGAAGCUGAAGGCCGGAUUAGGAAAGACCUCAACGUGAUGCUGAAGUCGCUGUAAAGCUUAACUGCCAGUGCUGUCUCACUUUUAAUUGUUAAAUAAAGACUGGUUUUUGGCUA